UGGUUAGAAACUCGAACCGAACCGGAAGUUGAAGCUGUCGAACUUUUACAAACCUAAGAAGAAGAAGCCAGGAGAGGAGCGGCUGAUGGUGGGAAGAGGAGAGGCGAGGAGAGCAGGAGGUGGAAACUUCUCCGGUCAGCAUGGAGUCGGCUGGAGGUCCAGGUGUGGUCCAGACGCAGCAGUGCAGCACCUGUGACGGCGUCGCAGCCAGGUGUUGGUGCGUGGACUGCAGCGAAGCUCUGUGCGACGACUGCUUGGCGGCUCAUCGCAGAGUCACCCUGACCAGAUCCCACCGGGUCCUGAACCACCAGCCUGACGGUUCCAGUUUAAUUUCUCCCAUAAAGUUCUGCAGAACCCACCCGUCUGAGGAGCUCAAGCUGUUCUGUUUCACCUGCUGCCUGCUCACCUGCAGAGACUGUCAGCUGGCAGACCACCAGAACCACAGGUUUGACUUUGUCAGCAAAGCAGUGGAGAAGGUGAAGAAGCAGCUGGACGCCUGCAUGCAGCCGAUCAAAGCGCAGAUGGAAGCUUCAAGGAGGAGUCUGCAGGACAUGGAGAUGAGGCUGCAGGUUCUGGCCCGGUACGAGUCCUUCAUGACCAACAAGCUGCAGAAUCACGUCGACACUCUGACUGCGCUCCUGAGGAGGAGGUUUGAAAAGAUAAAUAUGGAAAUCCAGAAGGUUUACAGCGUGGAGCGUAAUCUGAUCCACAGGAAGGUGGAGAAGGUGAAGCUGCUCCAGAAGAACCACAUCCCGCUGACUGUAGCUGCAGAAAAGGCCAGAAACACCACCAACCUGCCCACUCUGGUGGGCUGCAUAUCUCAGAUUACCGCCCAGCUGAAGGAGCUUACAGACGGGGACUUGUAUCCGCCUUCAAACAUGAUCGACGUGAAGGUCAUCACUGACAGAAUCUCGGUGGAGAGCAUUCUGAACCUGGGUAGAAUUCACGUCUCCUGCAUUCCCUUCUCUGUUCCCCGUGUGGAAACCCCCCCCAGCUCUUUGUCUUCGCCCACCGUCGCUCCUCCCACCUGCAGCCAGACCUCCUCCACCCACCUUCCUGGUAUUAUUUCUGCUCCGUCCUCCACCUCACCAACGUUAUGCUCCACAGACUCCUCCAUCACCUCCUCCAACCCGUCAGCGUCCUCUCAGCGGACCGCACCUCCAGCUGCUCCAGUGUUUCUAGUUCCCUCCAGCAAUGACUUCCUUCCUCCACCCUACCCCUCCUCCACAGUCUCCUCCACCUGCUCCUCCUCUAAGGUCUCCAGCGAGGAACCCAGCGGGGAAGUGUUGAGAUUUGUGAAGUCGGUUCUUCAGUCCACAUCUGCACCUCCUCCCUCCUCAGUUCCCAAAUCCUCCGGCACCAAGUUCCCCCACCCGGACCCCGGCUCUGCUUCCUUGGCGCUCCCUUCCAGCUCUGCUGCAGCCCCCCCGCCUGCCUCCAGAUGCCCUGCUCCACCAAGCUCCACCGUCGCCUCCAGAACCAUCUCAGCCGUAAAGGUCCGGAACCCUUUCCUCACCAGUCUGCUCCUUUCUACCUCACCACCUUCAUCCGAUCAGGCAGGUCCUUCCUCUGUCGGCCCAGCUCAUCCUCUUCAUCAGAUCAGCCCCGUCUCGUGUCCUCCUGUGGUCCAUCAGAACUUGUCCAAUCCCUCUGGCCAUCCUGUGUUCUCCUCAUCCUCACAGGUUUCUACUUCUUCAUCGUCUUACACUCCGUGUUCAGAGGUUCCUCCUCAGACCGCGGCCGUGAAAGGUUCUGGACAGAUGGAAGAUAAACCCAGCGGACCCGGAGCCACGCAUCCUGCCAGGAGGAGAGGCGGGUCUGAAGAACGCACCAAAACCAGCGACUCUAAAAGUUCUGAUCCUGCGAAUCGGGUCCGAAUCAACGUUCUCACCAAGUCUCAGCUGGAGUCCAGUUCAACGAAGCUGUUUGUCAAGUUUCACUGGAAGAACAAGAAGGUCUCCAAGCCUUCAAGACUCAGCAGCUCCUCCACAGCCGGCUCUCCUGUGCUGACAGGUUUUAUUCCUCAUAAACAGAAUCCCGCCCCGGUCCAGAACCAGCCUGGGGUUCUGACCAACCCGCAGACGGCCGUCCAGCCUUCCUCCUCCGUCCCUUCCCUCCCAUCUUUAAGCUGCUCUGCAGCUUCGGCUUCUCUGGUUUUCCCCCAGGCGGUUCCCUCCACAGCUCAGCUUGGCUGCAUUCAGCUCAGCGGCGCCGUCCUCCCUCUGGUACCGGCUCCGUUGCUGCCCAGCUCCACCCUCGACCCAGUCCAGCCAUCGCUCACCCUGAACCAACAACUGGUUCCCGGUCAGAAGUCUUCCUCCCUGGUGCUGCUGACCAACAGCAGCUCCCUGCCGGUGUUGGAGUCCGGCGCCGGCCUCCUAUCAGACCCGACCCAGCUCCCAGGUACGGGCCAGGACGGCUGCGGCGGUUCUAUGGUGGCUUCGGUCUCGGCCGGACCCGGUCCCGCAGCUCCAGGAGUCCAAAUCUGUUCUGGAUCCAGCAAUCAACGGCUCUCAGACCAACGUCCCAGCUCCGGGAUUGGACCCUCCGUCUUCCCUCUUCUCUCUACUCUGAACCACCAGCCACAGAACCUGGAUGUGAGGGAGAUGGUUGGUUCCGACCACAAAGUCCAACACAGACAGAACCCAGAAAACAGGCGAGUAGCAGGAUCACCUGCAGGAGAACCGUCGUCAUCUAUAGAACACGGAUCAGAACCAGCCUGCAACAAACCCCAAGAGGUCCGGUGUUUGCUUUCAUUUCGUCCUGGACCUUCUGACCAGGAGCUCAUCGUCUCUGAGGAACCAGCCGGAGCGUCGUCGUCUGAAACCUGCGAGGCGGAAGCGACCAGCAGCAAACCUGCAGACCUCCGAGCGGCUGGAGUGGCGCCGUCGCUUCCUGCUUCAGACGACCUCGCCACGGUCUUGUCUGAGGACCAGGAGUCGCUACCUGAAGUAUACGAGGUCACGCCGGGCUUUAAAGAAACCCGGCCCUACGGCGAACCGUUGUCACCAGAAGUGUCCGACGAUGACGUCUCCGCUGUUGAAAGCGAACCUCCAGAAGACAAGAUGUCCGCCGCCCUGUUUCACGAACCAGAACUUGGUCUCAAACUGUCGUCUUCUGAAGCAUCAGACAGAGAAGACGGAGGUCCAGCGAGCGCUAAGACCGACCCGCAGGUCCACAGCCAGCUCCACUGGCAGCCCACGGUGUCCCUGCUGAGACUUCCCCUGUCCCUGCCUGGACCUGGACGUCCCCCGCCUCGCUACCACUUCAUCCUGGGGAGCAAAGACGACGAGCUGUACCUGCAGGAGGUGGAGGAGGACGCUCAGUCCAGCGACGAGGACGUCUCAGAGGCCGCCACUGACGACGCCUCGGACGUCACCGAAGACUUCACGGAGCUUCAGCGUCCCGAGUCUCCGUUGUCCGUGGAGAUCAUCUCCUGCGCCGCAUGUGGCUCGUCCAGCGCAUCAAAGGUCUGCACGGCCUGCGGUCGGGGCUACCACAGGGACUGCCACGUCCCUCCGUUUGGAGCGGACAUUUGGUCAGAGUUGGUUUGUUCGCUGUGUCAGGACUUGUCAGACCCUUCGGACCCGUACAGCUCCGACCGACCCAAAAGCCCGUUGUGUUGUCCUCUGAGCCUCCAGGACCAGAGGAGGUGUGAGGUUCUCCUGCUGCACCUGAAGGUUCAAGGUUGCAGACGCUUCUCUCAGUUGGACUUUUGGUCUGAGCUGAUGUUGAUAUCGGAGCGCCUGAGCCACCGUUUCCCUCCGCCUUAUGACACACCUGCGCAGGUCGUGUCUGACCUCUGGCGUUUGUUCAGGGACGCCUCACAGGGCUCCCCUUUAAUGGACCUGCAGCAAAGCUUCCAGGAGAAGCUGAUGGAAACUUUGGGAACAGAACUUCCUCCUUCACUCCUGAUGCCACCAAACACAAACACUCUUAUUGACCCCGGAGGUUCGAGCAGUCCGGCAAGUACUCGCAUGUCGGAGGAAACAGAAGAAGUCUUCUUGUCCAAAUCAAAGCUGACGGUUCUGAGGAAGAGACUGAGGGACUUUCUGGACCUGAAGGGAACCUCUGCAGCCAAGAGAUCAAAGAAUGUAGAGCAUGAAGACAUUUAAGGCUUAAAUGCAUCCUUAAAAUCCACAUAUAUUGUGCAAGAACCACAUGGUUAUUAUACUUACUGAGCUGUUAGCACUGCUUUAUUUAACAAAUUGACCCUGAGUAGAACAAGAUGUUUCUGAGAAUUUGUUGUGGGCCGGGGUUCUAUGAAGAGCUCGGUCUGAGUGCCUUAACAUUUGCUUUGUUUGCAGAUCAGUUUAAAGUUAUUUUGUGUUUAAAACAUCAAAGCUGCUCUUGAGGAAACGAGACGUAAACAUCUGUUAUUGUCAUAAAGCACUAUUUCUGUUCACAUUGUUAGAAUUAAAGCUUUAUUUUUUUUAAACGUUCUUUCAAACCUUUGCUGAAUCAAAGGUAGUUGAAUAUACAAGCAAUAAAAACUAUUAAAUGUUGAUUUAGUAGAGAAAAACCUGAAUUUAAGUUGCCUUUAGAAAUAUCAAAAACUACAGCUGUGUUUUGUGUCUCAGGUGGAUGUGUGAACACAGUAAAUAAAAAUGCUACUAAUGCCUUAAAGACUAAACUUUAGUUGAGUCGGUUUAAUGUUUUAUGAAAACGUUUGUUUUCUGGCUAAAUUAAACUAAUGGUUGAAGCUUAAAA